AUGCAGCGCGGUAGAGAAAAAUGUGAAGCUAUAAAGAACAGACGUAGAGAGAAGAACAGGCCGGAUUCCACUCGUGCCAAGAACCCAAGAGCAGAUCCUAACCAAAAACCCAUCUUAUUGAAAAAUGCUGUCGUUUGGGAUGGUCAAGGUAAUGUCCUGGAAGAUGUCGAUAUUUAUAUAGAAAGUGGUGUUAUCCGUCAAGUCGAAAAAAAUAUCAGUCUUGACUCAAACAAGGAUGUCAAAGUCAUUGACGUUGCUGGUCACGUAGUAAGUCCUGGACUGGUAGACAUGCACAGCCAUAUGGGUGUUGAUUCUUGGCCUGAGCUACAUGCAACAGAUGAUACAAAUGAAAUGACUCAGCCUUUGACUCCCUUUGUUCGUACAAUUGAUGCAUUUAAUCCUUCAGAUAACGCGAUUCGAAUUGUGUCAUCUGGUGGUGUAACUACCGCUUUAGUCCUGCCUGGCUCUGGUAACUUGAUGGGCGGUGAAGCAUUUGCAUUCAAGCUCCGUCAUAUCUCUACUCUCAGCAAUGAAGAUAUGCUUGUGCAAGCCAACAUUGACAACACUGAAGAUACCAAAUGGAGAUGGAUGAAGAUGGCCUGUGGUGAAAACCCAAAGCGUGUUUAUGGAAAUGCUGGUUAUAUGCCUUCUACUCGCUUGGGUGAAGCAUAUUUAUUCCGUAAGCAAUUUGCAGAAGCUCAAAAGCUGAUGCGAGAACAAGACGACUGGUGUAGAGCCGCUGAAGGCACAUCGUCUCGCUUUGAUACACCUUUCCCAGAAGACUUGAGCCUUGAAUCUCUUGUUGCCUUAUUGCGUGGUGAAGUCCUUUUAAACGUCCAUUGUUACGAAACGCAUGAUAUUGAAGCCAUGAUUCGUCAUUCUUUGGAAUUUAACUUUACCAUUAGCGCAUUUCAUCACGCAUUGGAUGCCUACAGAAUCCCCGAUAUCUUGCGCCGUGCUCGCAAUAACAUCACUGUUGCUACCUUUGCUGAUCACUGGGGUUACAAGAAGGAAGCUUUCCAGGCUAUCCCUCAAGCGCCCAAGAUUCUGUACGAUGCUGGUAUUCCAGUAGCAUUAAAGAGCGAUCACCCUGUCCUCAACUCCCAACAUCUUGCCUUUGAAGCAGCCAAGUCCACACACUAUGGUUUGCCUCCUCAAGAAGCUUUCAAGACCGUUACGUCAACUCCUGCCAAUGCCAUUGGGUUAGGUCACCGUGUUGGUUCUCUUAAGGUCGGUUAUGAUGCUGAUGUCGUCAUCUGGGACCGCGAGCCUCUUGAAUUAGGUGCCACGCCUUUACAGGUAUUCAUUGAUGGUGUCCCAUUAUUUGAAGAGCGCCCUAUAGAGCCUACUGUUAAGAAGCAAGCAACUGCUGCUACCUUAAAAAAGGAAAAUCUCCAGUCUAUAGAAAAUGCCAAGAACUUUGUAUUGAAGAAUGUAGGUUACUCUUUCCUUGGUCAGGAACCUGUCAAGGGCCCAAUUGAUGUCGUCGUUGUCGAUGGCUCCGUUAUUUGCUCUGGUACCGAUUGUUCUACUUCUGUCUCUUCUAUUCAGUCGAAUGAGCCCGUUGUAGAGUACAACAUUCAAGGCGGAUACGUCCUUCCAGGACUUGUAGGUGUUGGCUCCCAACUUGGUCUCAUCGAAAUCCAAGGCGAGGCUGGCACUGGUGACGGAACAGGCCGCCCUAGUAAAUCAAAGGAUCCUAAGGAUAUCAUAUUUGCUGCUGAUGGUAUCAAGCUUGGAACCCGUCAUUUGGAAGAGGCCUACAAAGGAGGUAUUCUGACAGCUAUUACUGCUCCCAUGUCUUCCAACGUUAUUAUUGGUGUCUCUGCUGCAUUCAAAACUGGUGCUGAUUCAAUUCUUAAUGAUGGUACUAUUAUUUCACCUGCUGUUGCUCUUCAUCUUCAAAUCGGUGAUGACGUCAAGUCUGAUAGUUUCCCUACUAUUUCCAGCCAAAUUAGCUUCAUUCGCCAACUAUUAACUGAAAACUUGAAGGAAAACAACCACUAUGGCCAGGCUGCUCGUGGUGAGAUCCCUACGGUGAUUGCGGCCCACAACAAGGAUGAAAUUGCUUCCCUUGUUAUCUUGAAACGCAACCACCUUCCCAAAGCAAAGUUUGUUAUCAUUGGAGGAACCGAGGCUUACCUUGUCGCACCCCAUCUCGCAGAAGCCGAUAUUCCUGUCAUCCUUCGUCCCGUCCUCUGUACCCCUUCACGAUUUGAUUCAAUUCACUGCUUGACUGGAGCACCAUUAACCAAUGGAACCGCUGCUCAUGUCUUGCACAGCCAUGGCGUCAAGAUCGGUGUUGGUAUUUCAGACGAUGGUCUUGCUCGUAACUUGGCAUGGGAUGCAGGAUGGUUAGCUGCUACAUCACCAGCCCAUAACUUGGAAGGUGGAGCAAUCACUGAGACGCAAGCUAUUCAAUUCAUAACCUCAAAUAUCCGUGAUAUCUAUGGCUUAAACUCGGUCUCUGUAAACCAAGCUAAUGACUUUAUUGUAUACUCUGGAAAUCCAUUUGACGUACAGAGUCGUAUCGUCUUGAUCCAUUCCGAUAAGGGUCUGGAAGCUUUAUAA